AUGGUCUGUGCCGACGCGGGCGUUGAGGUCGCCAAGGACAAUCAACUUGUCCGCCUUCGACACAGUCGCCAAGAGGGCGUGCAGGUCCUCGUAGAAUUUGUCUCUGACGGCGUCGGGGUUGGUCAUCGUCGGAACGUAGGCGCUGAUGAUGGUGGCGAACUUGCCUCCUCGCCGGAGAGGCAGGCGGAGGCUCAUCAGGCGAUCGUUGAUGCCCUGCGGCAAACAGGGCAGUCGUCCCACGAUGUCGUUCCGAAUGGCGAAGGCGACGCCCGCGUCUCGUCGCUCUGCCCUGGGUCGACUAGUAAAGGUUUAAAAACACACCGAGUUAAUCCGCUUGAUUAA